CCAUUUACCCCAACCCCCAGACACCGCCACUCUUUCCCAUAUCAAAAUCCUCCCUACCGGAUCUUUCUUUCCUUUGUUUCUGAGUCUCGUCUGCUCCGGAGAAAGGAACUUUGUGACGCUUUCUGAGCAACCAAACACUAGAAAUGGCUACGAUAAGCUUGCGUAAGGGCAACACUCGUCUUCCACCGGAGGUGAACCGCGUGCUGUACGUGAGGAAUCUGCCGUUCAACAUCUCGAGCGAGGAGAUGUAUGAUAUCUUCGGCAAGUACGGGGCGAUUCGCCAGAUCCGAAUCGGCACCAACAAGGACACGCGUGGUACCGCCUUCGUGGUUUACGAGGACAUUUACGAUGCAAAGACCGCCGUCGAUCACCUCUCUGGUUUCAACGUCGCCAACAGGUAUCUUAUUGUUCUCUAUUACCAGCAAGCGAAGAUGAGCAAAAAGUUUGAUCAGAAGAAGAAGGAAGACGAGCUGGCAAAGAUGCAGGAGAAAUACGGAGUUUCUACCAAAGACAAGUAAACAACCUCUUCUAAUCUCUCGAAUUCUCCGGUGUCUGCUGUGUACUUGUAUUGAGCUUUAUGACUGCUGUAUACUGUGUAUGCAGUGACUAGAGGUUUUAUUGUCUACAGUUAUUGCUUAUCGACGGAUUUAUCUGUUCUACAUGCCUAGCCUUGGGUUUCAUACGGCGAUGUUUAAUUUGCUGACACAGAAAUUUGCUAAUCCUUUAUGCAGACUCUUGGUCUAGGGUUUAUAUCAGAUUGUGGAUUAUAUAUGCCUUUAUGUUUAAUUGAGCAUCUCAAGCCAUAAAUAUUGUGGAUAGUCUAUGUGUUUCAACCAGUUUGCUUUAAAAUUGGGAGUUUUGCUGUGUUA